UGUACAUGACUGCAAAGUAAACAUCCACUGGAAAUUUUAUCCCACGAGUUUAGGCAGUAUCAGGAGUAUUUACAGUGGAUUCAGAAACCUUACAGUUUGACCUAAGCCUGUUGCUGCUGGUUCAAGGGAAUCCAGCACUGCUGUUACAAACAAGCACCGCUCCAGAUAAGAACCCCAGCUGAAAGCUUCAGAUCCUGCAUUCUCAACAUGUGGUAGCAGGCUGCCUAUAUGUUGACCUGCAUGAAGGUUUCUGCACCCACCAAACUUAGUUCUAUCGCCAUUGGAAUAAGUCUUACCUCUGUUCAAGGAUGAACCUGUCAAGCCAGUUGCUAAGAGAUUCAUAUACAGAGAGAUGGGAUCCUUCAAAGAUCACUGAGAUAAUGGGAACUGCUUCAGUUGUUGGAGAUCAAAUUAUGACAUCAUCAUCCAAAGGAAUUUUCCGGCCAUUUCUAUAUAUCUUUAUUGUGCUGGGCUGUUUUAUGGCAUGCCUACUUAUUUAUAUCAAGCCCACAAACAGCUGGAUCGCCAAUCCCAUCGAAUCAGCAAGCUCAGUUCUGAAAAUGAAGAACUUCUUCUCCACCAAAAGUGAUUAUAUCAAUGAGACGACUAUUCUGAUAUGGGUGUGGCCAUUUGGUCAGACAUUUGAUCUAAAAUUCUGCCCAGCGUUUAACAUACAUGGGUGCCAUCUCACUACUGACCGCACACUGUACAAUCGUUCUCAUGCUGUUCUUAUUCACCACAGAGACAUCAGUUGGGAUCUGACUAAUUUACCUCAGCAGCCAAGGCCACCAUUUCAGAAAUGGAUCUGGAUGAACUUGGAAUCACCAACACACACUCCGCAGAAGAGUGGAAUUGAACAUCUUUUCAAUCUGACCCUCACUUAUCGUCGUGAUUCAGAUAUUCAAGUGCCUUAUGGCUUCAUGAUGGUUAGCACAAACUCCUUUUUGUUUGAAAUGCCAAAUAAAGAAAGGCUGGUGUGUUGGGUGGUGAGUAACUGGAACCCUGAACAUGCAAGGGUCAAGUAUUAUAACGAACUAAGUAAAUACAUUGAAAUACAUACCUAUGGGCAAGCGUUUGGUGACUAUGUGAGUGACAAAAAUUUGAUCCCAACUAUUUCCACUUGUAAGUUUUACCUUUCUUUUGAGAAUUCCAUCCACAAAGACUAUAUCACAGAAAAACUUUACAAUGCCUUUCUGGCUGGGUCUGUGCCAGUUGUUCUUGGUCCUCCUAGAGAAAACUAUGAGAACUACAUCCCAGCUAAUUCUUUCAUACACGUGGAAGAUUUUCUCUCCCCACAGGACCUUUCAGAGUAUCUUUUGAUGCUUGACAAAAAUGAUAAACUGUAUCUUAGCUACUUCAACUGGAGGAAAGAUUUUUCAGUCCGCCUUCCUCGAUUCUGGGAAUCACACGCAUGCCUUGCAUGUGACCAUGUAAAAAGACACCAGGAAUACAAAUCUGUUGGUAACUUGGAAAAAUGGUUUUGGAAUUAAAUCUUGAACAUUUUUGCACUUUAUACAGAAAAAGCAGGAAAAAAAUCAUUAUUUGAAGAUGGACAAAACAUUCAUCAGUCAAGGGAUCACUGUUUAUCUUGUCCUUUGGAUACAACAAAUUCCAUUUAGACUACCUUCUCUUAAUCUGGAUAAUUAAUUCAGACCUAAAUCUGGAAUCUUUCACUGGAAAGUAGGCAGGUGUAUGAUUAUUUAGAUAAGAGGAACUGAUAAUUGGCAACCUGGGACAGAUGUUUGAUUGCAUUGUGGAAGCAAUGAGCAUUGUCAUGAUUUCUUGUUAUAUUUUAAUCAGACUUAACUGCCCAAUGUGAAAAAUCUAGGAGUAGCAAAUUUUGCAGUGUGUUGUUAGGGGGGAAACCCCAAGAGGUAACUCAUAUGGAUGCUUUUCAAGAUCCAUACAUGUAUCGGGCACAAAAAGGCUGCACAAAUUAUUUCAUUCUGAGCCACUGGUAUGGGACCUUAUUUAUUUUAUUGGAAAACCUGCUAUGUAGAUAGCUGGUAAUGUGCACUGAAGAGUAACUUUAUUGUUUACCAUUUCUUUUUAAAAAUCUUUUCUCCCAUUUUGAAGUGCAUCAAUCACUGACCAAUACAUAUAGUGAUAGGGCCAAUGUAAACAAAAAAUCCUGGUCAUCCUCUCUAAUAAUAUUUGCGAAGAAAAAAACCCAUAGAAAUACCUAGAUUGUCCUCCAUUAAGGCUAACGAUUUACAGAAUUUCCACACCCUUAGAAAAAGUUACAGUACUGAAGUGCUUUCUCUUUUUUCUUAUUCUUUCUUUUUUAAAAGAUUAAAAGAGAUUGAACAAUUAGGCAGUUAUCUGGAAUUAAGCCUCAUACAGCUCUGUGGGAUGUGUGAACAAACAUGUAUAGGUAUAAGAAGCAAAAUUAAGAGACAGCAUUGCAAUGUUUAGUAGUGAAAACAUUUGAAAUUUACUAGAUAAGAUUAUUAGGCUACUAUUGUUUUUGGCCCAAAGAAUGAAAUAUGUUAAUGAAAUGCAUCAUCCCAGAACAAGUUGUUUAAUUGGUGAUAUUUCAUACAGUUAGAUGGGAAGACAUAUCUGAAGGUCAGUGAACUAAUCUAAACUGAAGACACAGAUGCAUUUUUAUGCUUUGUAUUUUGUGAUGGAUGCAAAAACACUUCUGUCUACACACCGGGAGGCUGCAGCCUCUUCAACAAGUAUAACAUCACUGCUGACAGAACUGCUUACCUGUUGAAAACGGAGAAGAGAAAGCAAGCUAGUGACCAGGUGGUUUCCAGCACCUUCAGAGUUGCCAUUAUUCAUGAUCUGUUGGGCAUUGUGAAUACAGUUUGGGAACUAAUGCUAGAUAUACUAGCCUCUGCUCCCCAUAAAGGGUGCUCUGUGAGAAGUGACCUGUUUCUAAUUGUGGUUAUUUUCAUUGGGCAGUAGAACAUUUAAUUCUAUAUCAAGGACAUUUGUAAGUGUACAACAUUGUUCGGUCUAGUAGAUUGUUGGCAUGAAGGAUAUUCAAAAUCAAGAGGUCAUUUUUCCAGCUAGAGAAUACUACUGCUCCUAAGAUACAUGAGGGUGUCUUCAGUGGAUUGUUUUAAUAACUCCAGGGUAUAUAUUUUUAAAAUGUAUUUGGGAAGAUACAACCAUUCUUUUAUUUCAAAGGAUUUUUCACUUGCUCAGCACUUUGUGGCUUGAUCUGCUCUUGUCUUUUUGUGAAUGUAAAAACUGAGGUUUUGCUUGACACCACAUAAAUGCAACGGAAAAGAACAGCUUGUUUACAUAGUGCAGGUGGGUGGCAGGAAGAGGUGUGCACUCAGAGAUCCCUCAUUUCUUUCAAAGAAAAGAGGACUCUACCAUUUACUUCUAGGUAUAUCACUGAAAUUUAAAAAAACAAGUCUUAGAAGGCAGCAGUCCCCUUUAAAUAUAGUUAACUUUCAAUUCAAUAAGUGGUGAGAUGAAAUGUCUGAAGAGAUUAAAUGAAAGGAUAAAGAAUUAAGUGUAUUUUGAAGAGUGCUGCUUUGAUAUUAUUUAUUGUGGCACUGCAGUGAAGCACUACACACUUUUUAAAAUUAUUGUAGAUCCCAAUAACUGAUGCUAUUCAGUCAGAAUACACAUUCAAACUACGCCUCAAAAGCUACAAGACUAUUCUGGUUUUGUUUACAACACUAGGGCUGUGGGCUUUCAAGACUCAAAUGAAGCAUUUACCUCAGAUUUCUCUGCAGAAUUUGAGUUUUGCAGUCAGACAUUUUUAAUUCUUCUAAAACUAGUUCAAGUGUUCCCUUUUAUGAGACAUGCAGACCCAUGAAGGUGAGAAUGGGGCCAUUUCUGCUGACUCUAGCUUGCCAGUGUGUCCUUAUUCCCACUACACUAUCCAUACACUCAGUAGACACAAGCCUAGGUGUAUGCCUCUCCUGUGAUCUAGAACCCUGUGUCUUUAUGUUUCUACAUCAUGGGCAGAGAUUGUUCAUGGGAGAGCAGCUCUUAACCACAUGAAGGGCAACACCUACAUAGGGUUAAUGUGUCUCAACCAAAUGGGCAUUGUGAUCAGUUCAUCCCACUCUCUGCCAAUAUACUAUAUUUUUAUUCAUGGUCCACCAGCAAAUGUAAAAAUGUAUGUACUGUCCUAUUGCCAUAUAGCUUGUGGCAACAAAAAAUAUCAUGUUGGAUUAAGACUUAGUCGUGCUCAGAAUAAACCCAUUUAUUCUUUGGGAAUAUUACUCAAAAAUAACAUAAGCCCCAUUGAUCAAGAGUGACCACGUCUGGAUUCAACCUGAUGACUAUAUUUUUUAAAAUGUUAUAAAUAAUGUAUAAAUGAGCUUUUGCUAUCUGAAAUACAAUUAUCCAUAACCAUUUAUAACACAUUGUCACUAUGGAUUUGCAAUGCAACUCUGUGUUAAUCAUAUGUGAACAGUGUUCUUUUGUAUCAAAAUUUUCAGGUUAAACUGCAUGUUCCAUGAAACAUUUGGUCAAAUGGAUCUGUCAUGCAUUAGUCUUUCCUGUUUUUCCUAAAAUAGGACAUUUAGCAGUUAUUUAUCAAUACAGAAAUUGUUUAUUGAGAAAAGUGUGAUACAACCUCCCCACUGAUUUCUAUGAAAGAAUCUGAUCUUUGUGUGUUUCUUUGAAUGAAAGUUAUCAUGUAUAGAAUGGUUCACAUGAAGUACUGGAUCAGGGUAGUAGUUUCAGAGGUUUAUGAAAUAUCAGAAUUAAAGGGGAAACUGACACUGAUGUUUCCUUUUUUAAAAUGCUUUGAUUCCCCCCCUCACAAAAAAAAUAUUUUGUCACAUUUGUAGGUAUUUCAACAUCUCAAAAUGUGUCCCUUACAGGAAACUGUGAAUCUCCUCUAUUCACCAGCAUUUGCAUUAUGAAACUAAAAGGGAAAACUGAUAAUACUGUAUGCAUAAAUGCUAUACAAUAAAAUAUAUUCUUUUCUAACAUAUAUAUAAAAAAGCUGAAAUGGGGUAUUUUAGCUUUCAUGUAAAGGUGUCUGUCACCUUUUGGCAGAAUAGCACUUUUGCAUGUAGUGGGGUAUGAGGAUUGGGGAGAGAGACAUUGUUCUUUAUGCUUCUCUCCAUCUGCUACUUCUUGUGCCAUAGUCCACAGCAUUCCUAAAGUGUUCCCAAUUCCCAGAUUGAGUUGAAUUCCAAGACUGACUUGAAGGACAUGUUGGGUUGACGUAAUAAAGUGUGGGGGGGGGGCAGGAAAGCACCAAUCAAUGAUGUGGACUCAAUUUAUAGAGCCCGAACUUCUUUGUAUGUGUAAUUGUAUUUUUGAGUGUGGUCAGCAUUUCUGUUUGUAUUUUUGGUCAAAGCUAUAUGCUGCAAAGCAAAAUGAAGGUUGUAUUUCCAAAACUCUUCUUUUGGAUCAUGGAGAUGAAAUCUAAAAGAGUAUACUAUGUCAAAGUAAUGUAGAACCAGACUCACUUGGGUCAUAGUAGCAUUCUUGCAUGUUACACAGCAGCAACCUGUUUUGUCUCUUGCUGGGAGGAGUAUAUUCUCCUCUUCCUCACUGACCUGCUAACCUGAUUCUUUUCCUUGUUCAAAAUGUUAAACCAAAUUUAAGUAACAUCAUUGCCUUUACAUCCUAACUUUCAGAUGCAUAAUGACAUAAAAUCAAAACAACUAUGAAAUAACAAACUUUCUGUUUUCUUGCUACAGCUAACGACAAAGACUUGGUCCAGAAAAAAUGUCACAUUGUGGGCUUUUGUGGCCUAAGGCACACAUGUUUCUCUUGUGCUAACUACAGUGAUCUGCUGAUAGCUGAAAUGUGUGAAACUACUAAUGCAGAGCAAACACAACUCUGAGGAAAGCUAUAUAAGAAAUCCUUAAAGUGAUUUGAUAUGGAGUGAUGGAACUUUUAAAUCUUCCUAGAAUGUCAGAAGUUUAGUUUUUCAGGUUGUGUCAUUUUAAUUUAUAUGAAAAUAACGGAGAGUAAAAGUGAAGUAAGAUACAUAUUAAAGUUGGAUGAAGAAGCACUCUUCUUACUCAUUUUGGUUUGCAAUUCUUCGUUUACCUAGGAGAAUGCAACCAAGGCACAACAGACUUGUUCAUUUCUGCCAUUAGCUAUACCAAGAAAUAUUUCUGGAAAAUGCAUUAAAAUUACACAUAUCGUGAACAAUAGUUUACAGAACAAUAAUCUUCAUGAGUGUAUUUAAUCUGGACAAAUUAUUGAAAGAUUCCAAUACAUUUUUAUCACAGCAAUGCUAAUAUUUUGAUAUACCUGUUGCUAUAACACUGGCACAUAUCUGAUCCUUAGUUUCUUUGUAUGAGACCAGAUGCCCACUGUAUGGGAUGUGUCUGUGUGCACACACACACACGCAGUUGUAUUAGAAUUGUGUUUGGGUCAGGUCUCUACAUCUGAGAGUGGAUACAGGAUAUUUCUUUUUAAAUCAAAACAGAAAAUAGAUCACAAUCAAGGGACAGAAAUAAUUUUUAAGUAUGUGUGUGAGAGAGAGAGUAGGGAGGGAUAAUUAAAUAGUUACAUAAAUAUUAGUAUUUACAGAGUUUGCAAAACAGUAUCACAUGUGGGGUACUUGUUUAGAAAGAAAACAGUUAUUGAAUUCUGAGUUACAUUUCAGUAGCAUUGUGUACAAUUGUAAUAAUUGUAAAGUAUUACAGGAAAUAGAAAUUUUGCUUUGGUCUGCUUUUUCAUUUCUUAGUUUUAUGGUGGAAAGGUUUAAAGAAACCAGAUUUUCAGGUUUUAAAGACUGAUAUUUAUAUGUGUGAAGAGCAUGCUGUUUCAUUUCUUAAUUUCUCUGUUUAACCGCUUUGAUUACCACCCACAUAAUCAUACAAGGAAAUUUAAAUUGCUCCAGUUGUGUGCAUAUAUAUGUGUUCCUUAGAAUCCUUUUUUGCAUAUGAGUAACACAUAGAAUAAUAUAUACUAUAUAUACUAGUCUAUAAGUUUAAAAAUUUAUGUCCCAAAAUUAACCACAAAAUCCCAGGUCAACUUAUUUACGGGUCCCUAUGGAAAUGCGAUAGAAUUCAGAUUUCCCCAUGCCAUGCGGAGAGGAGUUUAGCAAGAAAGAGCCAAGCAGAAAGAACCCUGGGGGAUUGACUGAUAUUACUGUUUGUUUAAGAGUCCCCCUGCCACUCACACAUCUGGCUGAAACGAAAGCUGAAACGAUGAAGAAAAGCCUCAGUGAGAGUUGCUGUUGCCGUAAGCACACAUACACACACUGAAGGAGCCUCUACAUUUUACCCUCAACCUACCCAUGAGGGUCAUGGCAAAAUCCUUAAUUUGGGCCCUAAAACCUGACUUUGACUUAUACAUGAGGUCCACUUAUAGUUGAGUAUAUACGGUACAUAAUCAUUAUGUGAAAUGUCAACAGUAACCAAAUGAUUCUAAACUAGACUCUUAUAUUUUAUUGAAUUGCUAUUUAUAAGCCCUACAAUUUGUUUUUAGCACAAGGGCUUAAUUAAAUGUAUGAGACACAGACCUACCAUCAUUUCAUAUGCCAUUGCCCUUUCUUCAUCUUCAUAUCAAGACAGAUGAGGGAAUGCCCUAAAGACAUUCUUCCCCAACCUGUUAAGAUAUUGUGUUAUAUGUUGGGCUACAAUAUCCAUUGUCGCCAGCCAACACAUACAGGGAAUGAUUAAAAUUGCAGCCCUACUCCUCUGGAGGGCAAAAUAGAAUCAUAGAGUUGGAAGAGACCAUAAGGGCCAUCCAGUUCAACCUCCUAUCAUGCAGAAAUACACAAUUUGUCAUUCUCCAAGCUUGCUCAUCUGCCAGUUGUGAAUACAAAAUUUGUAUCUGUUUCUUCUAAAUGAUCAAAAUCCAUUUUCCCCUUCACUCACAUAUCCACUGGUUUUUAAAAUUCUACU